GCAUGAAGCCUCCGUCUCACAGCUGCAUGCAUAGUCACUGCUGAAGCAAAUGCCUACCUAAUUUGACAGUCUUGGUGUGUGUAAAAUAUUUUGAGUUUGCAAAUAAGCAUAUUAAGCCUACUGAUGGAGCCUUCAGGCAGUGAGCAGUUGUAUGAGGACCCUGAUCCUGGAGGCAAAUCCCAAGAUGCAGAGGCCAGAAAGCAGACAGAAUCAGAACAAAAGUUAUCUAAAAUGACCCACAAUGCUCUGGAGAACAUUAAUGUGAUUGGCCAAGGCUUGAAGCAUCUCUUCCAGCACCAGCGCAGGAGGUCUUCAGUGUCUCCACAUGAUGUGCAGCAAAUACAGACAGAUCCAGAACCUGAAAUGGAUCUGGAAAGCCAGAACACAUGUGCUGAGAUUGAUGGUGUCCCCACCCACCCCACAGCUCUGAAUCGUGUUCUGCAGCAGAUCCGAGUGCCACCCAAGAUGAAGAGAGGGACAAGCUUGCAUAGUAGGCGGGGCAAAUCAGAGGCCCCAAAGGGAAGUCCCCAAAUCAACAGGAAAUCUGGCCAGGAGGUGGCAGCUGUUAUACAGUCAGGACGACCCAGGUCUUCAUCCACAACUGAUACUCCAACCAGCUCAGCUAUGAUGGAAAUAGCUUGUGCAGCUGCUGCAUGUCUGCCAGGAGAGGAGGCAACUGCAGAACGGAUCGAACGUUUGGAAGUAAGCAGUCUUGCUCAGACAUCCAGUGCUGUGGCCUCAAGUACUGAUGGCAGCAUCCACACAGAGUCCGUGGAUGGAAUACCAGACCCUCAGCGCACAAAGGCUGCCAUUGCUCACCUGCAACAGAAGAUCCUAAAGCUCACAGAACAGAUCAAGAUUGCACAGACUGCCCGGGACGAUAAUGUUGCUGAGUACUUGAAGCUUGCCAACAGUGCAGACAAGCAACAGGCUGCCCGAAUCAAGCAGGUAUUUGAGAAGAAGAAUCAGAAAUCUGCCCAAACCAUUCUCCAGCUACAGAAGAAGCUUGAGCACUACCACCGUAAGCUCCGUGAGGUAGAGCAGAAUGGGAUCCCUCGGCAGCCAAAGGAUGUCUUUAGGGACAUGCACCAGGGUCUGAAGGAUGUGGGAGCAAAGGUGACUGGCUUCAGUGAAGGUGUGGUGGACAGUGUCAAAGGUGGAUUUUCCAGCUUCUCCCAGGCCACCCAUUCAGCAGCAGGAGCUGUCGUCUCAAAACCCAGAGAGAUCGCCUCAUUGAUUCGGAACAAAUUUGGUAGUGCAGACAACAUCCCUAACCUGAAGGACUCAUUAGAGGAAGGGCAAGUGGAUGAUGCAGGGAAGGCUUUGGGGGUUAUUUCAAACUUUCAAUCGAGCCCAAAAUAUGGUAGUGAGGAAGAUUGUUCUAGUGCCACUUCAGGCUCAGUAGGAGCCAACAGCACCACAGGGGGCAUUGCUGUGGGAGCAUCCAGCUCCAAAACAAAUACCCUGGACAUGCAGAGCUCAGGGUUUGAUACACUACUACAUGAGAUCCGGGAAACCCAGGUCAGACUGGAGGAGUCCUUUGAGACCCUCAAGGAGCAUUAUCAGCGAGACUAUUCCUUAAUAAUGCAGACCUUGCAGGAGGAACGAUAUAGAUGUGAACGAUUAGAAGAACAAUUAAAUGACCUAACAGAACUCCACCAAAAUGAAAUCUUGAAUUUAAAGCAGGAAUUGGCCAGCAUGGAAGAGAAAAUUGCCUAUCAGUCCUAUGAACGGGCUCGGGACAUCCAGGAGGCCCUGGAGGCCUGCCAGACCCGCAUCUCCAAGAUGGAGCUUCAGCAGCAGCAGCAGCAAGUCGUGCAGCUGGAAGGGCUGGAGAAUGCCACUGCCCGGAACCUUCUGGGCAAACUCAUCAACAUCCUCCUGGCUGUCAUGGCAGUCCUCUUGGUCUUUGUGUCCACGGUAGCCAACUGUGUGGUCCCCCUCAUGAAGACUCGCAACAGGACGUUCAGCACUUUAUUCCUUGUGGCUUUCAUUGCCUUUCUCUGGAAGCACUGGGAUGCCCUUUUCAGCUAUGUGGACCGAUUCUUCUCACCCCCAAGAUGAUGCUGGCAGAGAGCAGCGCUUCCCACCCUCUGGCCAGUGCAUGCCGUGAGAUCUAGACAGCAGCAUACCUACUCUGAAGUUUUCUACAAGAGAGUUGAGUGAAUCUGUUUACAUUUAGAAUAAUGUUUUUUUCUUCAAGAGACGCAAUUGCAAUAGUAUUUUUUAGAUUUUAUCCAAGACAUUUUUUGGGCAAAAAUCUUGGAUCAUUUUUAUGUAGCAUGAUUUUCCUUGGGAUGCAAAUCUUAAAACAGUUCUUUAACCUGAACCGACCAUCUGCAGCACACCGAGGGGCAUUCUGUAUCGAGGUGUGAAGGACUGCGCUAAAAUCCACUAAAAAGAUGCAAAGACCUGACUAGGGCAAACCAGUGACGCCUGAUACCAGUCCUGUCUGGGCUCCACCUCUCCUCCAAACUAACUACUGUGAAGUCCCACCACAUUCCAUGUCGGAAGUUUUGGAUUCAGGGUGGAUUUUCCCCAACCAUGGAAGAACACAUUCAUCUCCCUGGCUUUAUUACGCUAACCCUGGAAGUAUCACUUCUGAGCCUGCGCCCCUCCUUAGCUUUGCCAGGAUGCAAGAGUGAGAGCACCACGCCCCACAGGAUCACUACACAGUCUUAUACAGUAUUGUGAAGUAGCCCUUAAUCCUAUGAAGUAAAGUCCCUUGGCCGCACUUUUAAGGUUUUUUUUUUAUAUAUAUGUGUAUAGUUACAAACUUAAAAAUAAAAAAUCCGAACAGCAUACUUGAAGAAUGUAAUACUCAAACUCUCAGUGCUUCCUGUGGUUUCUAAUAGGAUUUUUUAUUAUUAUUAUUAUUAUUGUUAUUAUUAUUAUUAUUGGGGUUUUUGGAAAGGGUUGGGAGGGUCUUUUAUUUUCCUUUGAAAUAAAGAAGCGAUGUUUUUAAAUGAAGCCUUGUGGAUAUUUAAGUGUGCUGCUCCCUGUUGUCUCAAAACCAUUUGAGACUGCUGGAAGUGCUGCCCUCUGCUGCCCUUGUUUGAGAUGCGGCUUAAAUUCACUCUGGCCACUGCUGCUUUUUGGUGCCCGCCACCCCACCAACACCACCAUCACCUUAUGGGCUUGGCUUGAUUGGAGAGGCGAGGAGCUUGGAGAGGGGGACACAGUCUCCACAGACCAACGUGUAGACUGCAUUAUUAUUAUUUUUUUUUUGUCCCAGGUAAAUGUUCACCCAGGACCUUGGACUAAGAUUGUCUUUAGGAGAAAAUGAGAUUAUCUUCUAAGGGUCAUAAGUAAUUCCUUAUAUUUGCUUAAGUUAUUGUUUAACACCCUAAUUACCGAAACCAAAGUGACACGGAGUCUUCUGUCUGCAUAUUGGCCUCAGCAUCCUGAACUCCAAAGCUUUAUUCCGUCUGCCUAAGAGAAUCAACUGAAAAUGAUUCUCCCACAAAGCAGAAGAGGGAAUGUCAGGUUAGAAGGACCCAAAUUUUGGGUGUAAAAUAUUGCCAGCUUCCUGUUAACCUAGACAGACUUAAUAACCUAACUAUGCUCAGUGGACUUUUAUAAAUAGUUAGGAAGGUAAGCUGAGCUUUCAUCCCUAAUCUGUAGCCUGUUCCAUCUCCCUGGUGGAGCUUGAGCCUUCAGAGCAUUCUAGAGAGCUUAGCUAAUCUUCUCAUAUUACUCAUACACUGGGUCACAAACGCUUUUCCUCGUGGCCUUGUUCUAUGCAUCAUAUGAUGUGCAGGGAACAUGUGCUGUGCCCAUUUACCCCAUUUUCGAAACUAGGUUAGUAUUGCCCUGUCUGUUGGAAAGAAUGGUUUUUGUAACAGUUCCAGCCUCCUCUUGCUCCAGCAAACUGGCCAUCACAGAGUCAGUGUGCUGUCUCCAUAACCACUUUGAUAUUUUAACUCAGGUACCCCAGUCUUCACCCCAUCCACUGAUGAUUGUCUUUCACCUCACAAUUAGCACCUAGAGCAGGGACCACGGAGGUGAUUUUUCUUUUUUUAAAAAAAGUCAUUAAAACCAAUUCAUGUUCAUGCCAAAACAAAUCCUCUCAAGCCUAUAUAUUCUUUGCCUGAAAAUACUGCAGCACCUUUAGGCAGGUGUGACCUUUCCCAACUAGCAGUUGCUGCUUUGGCUUAAUCUUAAGCUCAGAGUGGAAAAGAUAGCCCUGUACGAAGGCCCUGGGUGUCAUUUUGAGAGAUAAGUUGAAACUGCUCUUAUUUGCCUAGAGAUAGCUUCUAUGAAAGGAUGCUUUUCACCUCUGAAAAGCCCCCAAACUCCAGCCAAACAGGCCCACACUGACUUUGCAUCUUCUCUCACACUGUCUUGGGAGUCAGGUAUUGUCAUGGCUUUCUCACUCUCUUAUCCCCUGAUCACUCACCAGGCCCAGCAGUUGUAUGUGGUUGUAUGUGUCCAGUGCUCUUUGUAACAUGCUUCUGUUUUCCUGCCUGCCUAUACUUGUUGCUGCCCAUCCCCAUUGCCUUUGAGUUUCUUUGCAUUGUAGCUAUCCUUGGAUUCUCUUGUCUGUGCAGAGCCCUCUUCAAUAACCUUGCUCUAAUGGUUUAACAACUGUAACAACUGUUCUGAUCACUUCUCAGCCUUUUGGCUAAAAUCCACUGUAGUAACAAUUGUUCUAAGACACCCCUUCACUUUAAUGCUUUUUUUAAAAAGUAGACUGCACUCCCAUUAAAACAAAGCAUUCCUUGGUUACUUGUUCAUGCUGGUGCCUAGCCUGGGUGAGUGAGGCUGGCUGUGUUGGCCUGGGUGACUGCUGAGUUUGUAGUAUGGCCAUUAUUCUAUAUUGAGGGCUGUCUGCUCCAAUUUCAGGUCCUUGGUAUACUCAGUUCAUCCUGGCAAGGAAGGCUUUCUCUCAACUGGCUCCUUAAGAUACAAAAGCAGCUUAAAAAGUAGACUUCAGGCUGGGCGUGGUGGCGCACGCCUUUAAUCCCAGCACUUAGGAGGCAGAGGUAGGAGGAUUGCCGUGAGUUCAAGGCCACCCUGAGACUCCAUAGUGAAUCCAGGUCAGCCUGGGCUAGAGUGAGACCCUACCUUGAAAACAACAACAACAAAAAAAGUAGACAACACUAUCUGGGGUCUACUCCCUGCCCCAACUGGGAUAAAUCUCUGAUGCCAAGAAUACCACUGGGGUCAAGCCUUCCUUGCCAGCCAUGCCCCAGAAGUGAGUGUUCUUCACUGUAGAUGGUUUUGUUUCUGAGUUCAUGUUCCUUUGAGUUAGUCAGAGGAAGUGCUGGCUUCUGAGUGUGCUCCAGUGAGGAGCUAACUUUUAGCCUUGGAAAAUAAGCAUUCAAAACAAAACCAACCGCUAUCAUCAACCAACUGAUACAAGCAAAUAAUGGUUCUCAAACCACCACCACCACCACCCCCCAAUGAAAGUUGGGAUUCUGAAUGUGGUUCGAAGCGUUAACAUUUAUGUGUGUUGUGUAUGCUAGGUGAGACCCUCAGUAGGGGCUGGUUACUAGACUGUGUGUUCUAUCAAAGUAUGUAAGAAUUAAAAACUCACUUGCACGAAUUGCAAAGUAAAGAAAUACUUGUGAAUGUGUGAACGUUAACACUGUAGUUGAUAGAUUGUAAGCUGCUAAUUGUUGAGAGAGAAUUAAAUUUAUGUUCUGUCUGGUUGCUGCUGACUCUCAGCAGCACUUUGACUGUAUAUACAAAUGGAAAUAAAGACCUCAGCUGUUAA